UAUAUAUUCAGUGAUAUCCCACGUGUAGUAUGGCCCACCCCCUCCCCGGAUAGGUACAUCAAGAGACAUAUUCGUCAAUUCGACUCUCCCAACAUGACUGAGCAGUUUCCGCGCCGUCCAUCCACCGGCAUCAGCGUGAUCAUUGUAGGUGCUGGAUUCGCUGGACUCAGCGCAGCUAUAGAGUGCGACCGCAAAGGGCACCAUGUCACCCUUCUCGAGAAAGCUUCUACUAUUGAAGAAAUCACGCGUUUCGGCGACAUCAUCAGCUUCGAUCCAAAUGGUGCACGACUCUUUGAGCGGUGGCCCGGUGUCAUUGAAGCCAUGUACAAAAUCGCCCGCAAGACAUCCUGGCUGGAUUUGUACCAUUGGAGAGGUGAGUUUGUCACGCGGCAGAGCUUUGAAGGGGAGAAGAAAUGGGGACCUAGAAUCAACGGACACCGCGGGGAGCUGUACAGCAUCAUAUACGACCAUGCAGUGAAGAGAAAACUCGAUAUCCGUCUCGGGCAGAGGGUGUCCGAUUAUUUCGAGAAUGCGGAUAAGGCGGGAGUGGUUGUCAAUGGUGAACGGAUGGAAGCGGAUGUGGUCAUUGCUGCCGAGGGCGUGCGAUCGAGAGGACGUAAGAUUGUGCUCGGAUUCGACGACAAACCAAAGAGCAGCGGGUAUGCAGUAUAUCGGUGCUGGUUUUCAAGCGACGCAAUCAAAGACAACAACACGAUCAAACAUUUGGUGGUCGAAGGUGAUACACAUUCUGGUUACAUUGGGCCGGACCUGCAUUUCCUAGUUUCUUCACUCAAAGACGGCAAAGAAUUUAAUUGGGUCUUUACGCAUGUCGACGAUGGGAAUAUCGAGGAGAGCUGGCAGUUCCCGGGGAAGAUAGAAGAUUGUUUGAAGUAUGUGGAAGGAUGGGCGCCGGUCGUCCAGGAGAUCGUCCGGUCAACGCCGAAGGACGCACGACUCAUUGAUCACAAGCUUGUGUUCCGCGAUCCACUCCCGACAUUCAUAUCGCCCCUGGCAAGAAUUGUCCUCAUUGGGGAUGCAGCUCACCCCUUUCUUCCCACUUCCAUCCAAGGGGCCAGUCAGUCGAUUGAAGAUGGUGUCGUUUUGGCUUCAUGUUUGGAGCUUGCAGGGAAAGGAGAGGUGCCUUUAGCUCUCCGUACACACGAAAAGAUCAGAUAUGAAAGAGUACAUCAAGCGCAAGCUACGGGUGUGAAGACCAGAGAGAAAUGGCAUAAGGCGAACUGGGACGAGAUCAACAAGACGCCAGAAGCGAUCCAUUUGACGCGCGAAGCAUGGUUGCUGGAUUUUGACGCUGAGAAAGAUUGCUAUAAAAGAUACCAUGAAUUGGCCACGAGCGUGCGUAGCGAGCGUCCGAGACUGUAAUGGGACUCACCGCUCGAUGCCAAUAGAUACUUGGGAAGGCCAUCUGUCGAUGAUGUGUCAUAUCGCGCAGUGAAUGGUUCCAACUAAGAU